AUGCUGUGCCUUUUCGUCGGCCCCGUCGGCCUCGACAACGGCGUCGGCCUGCGUCCGGCGAUGGGCUACAACACGUGGAACGAUCUCCGGUGUGAGGGAGUCACCGCCGACGCCAUCGAUGCGAUCGCGGUGGCGAUGGUCGAGCUGGGGCUGGCAAAGCUGGGCUACGCGUAUCUCAACGUCGACGACUGCUGGGCGACGGCCACCGACCCGAGCGGCGAGCUCGUUGCCGACCCGGCCGCCUUUCCAGACGGGCUUCCGGCCCUCGUCGAGUCGGUGCACGCGCGCGGGCUGCGGUUUGGGCUGUAUGGCGACCGUGGGUGGAAGACCUGCGCCUUCCGGCCUGGAUCGGGCGGGCUCGAGCCGGCGCACGCGGCGCAGUUUGCCCGCUGGGGCGUCGACUACCUCAAGUACGACUCGUGCUGGGCCUCGAACGACCACGAUGCGGCCUUUGAGCA